AGGGGAAGAACGUCUUAAGUCCUGCACUUGGGUCCAAUUAUUGAUUAUGAUCCAGAGGAGUGUCCGGAGGUCAGAGGUCACUGGUUCUGACGCCUGAGCUGACGGAGUUGUCUGUUCAUGUGUGGAGUCGUGCGGCUGGCGAAGGAGAGAGAGCUGUGACUCAUCAAAUAAACAUGGAGAAAAUGUCCGCAUGAUUCCCAACACAGGAGGACAGCAGUUUGGAAACUGAGUAAAUUGUGAUUCGCCAAAUACAUUAUAUGACGAAGCUUUGUGUGUUAGCUGGACUCAAGUCAAGAUGAAUCCUUAUGUGACCAUUCACUUCAGGAGGGACCUUUUUCCACAUUUCUACUUGUUGUAGUCGUCCUCCGCCAAGCUGCAGACUCAGGCAUCCUGUACUUUUUCAUUCUUGGACAAUGUUUGUUUCACCUAUAGCUGCAUUUUUCUGCAUUAACUAUAUUAACAGUUUGUAAAUUUUCAUUGUAACACUUCUACAUCACUUUGCUCCAUGUAGUCUGUCUGAUUUUAGGGGUGCUGAGAACAAAUCUGAGGUGACGACUGAUCAGGUGACUUCUUUGCCUGUCACUUUCUCUGCUUUUCUGAAUGAUAAUACCAGAAGAGUUAACAAAUGUAGCUGUUAUGUUGUUGAGGUAAAUAGUUGGGAGAAAAACUGUUCAAGACACGAUUGAGCUAAACUGAUACUACUGAUACUGCUGACUGUCUAGUUUGUAGUUUAUUUAUAAACUCUUACACACUUAGAUAUUUUACCUUUAAGUAAUGGGUAUUUUAUCCCUGUGUCCCACUCAACAGGUUGAUAUCUGGAAAAGGCAUUGUAAGAAUAGGCAUGUUUAUUCUUGAUUUGCUUGCUGUUAGACCUAAAUGACCCUCUGGUCCUUGUGUUAAACCUUGCCCUUCUCGCUUUACUGAUGUAGUUGUUCAAAUAUUUCUCUGUAGCCUAUGAUGACUCUUUGUUUAAUUUUUUUACCUGCAUUUUCACACCUCUUGACCUGCAUGCUCUAUCAAUGUUUAUAUUUAGUUCAUUUAUCCUUGGGCUUUUUUCACUCCUGUUUUAACCUGACUUUUUAGUCUCCCACAUUGUUAUUUUCUUAGCUUGUUUUAAAACAGUUUUGUUUUGAUGGACAAGCAGAACUCUGAGCAGAAAACUGACCAGUAAUCUUGGAAAGAAGUAACUCCAUUUGUUAUAAUGGAUUUUCUGGCAUCUCAAUAGCUCAAUGUUUUGAACUUUUGUUGCUGCUACAAAAAAAGAAAGUGCUUUUGAACUGCACAGACUGGCGAGGAUGGGAGCCGCUCGUGUUAAGCGGCGCUUCAGUGCUGUGGUGGACGGCCCGGUGGAUGAAGAGGAGGUCAUGAGGCUGGCACAGAACGCAGCAGACACAGCCCGAGUCGAGGGCAGCCCCACGGACUCCAGGAGCCCCAGCAGCCCCUCUCCCACCUCCCCCACACUCGUAUUCAACAGCAAAGCUCUGUCUCUGCAGAGCAACUCCAACAAUGCCCGCAGACAGAGCGACUUCAUAGACUCAGCUAGAGGAGUAGGAGGAGAGGGCGGAGAGCCAGCACCAGGCAGAGGGGCAGGUGUGGAGGGCACAGAGGAUCACUCCUCUCUGUCCUCAGCCUUCACCAACCGCCGCCGAAACAGGCGCUCCAGCCGUCGGCCCCGGCAACGCUUUGUGGGCAAAGAUGGACGCUGCAAUGUCACCUUUGUCAACAUGAGCGAGAGGGGUCAGCGCUACCUCAGCGACCUGUUCACCACCUGCGUGGACAUACGCUGGCGCUGGAUGCUGGUUGUCUUCACCCUCUCCUUCCUCCUCUCCUGGCUGCUCUUUGGUUUCACCUUCUGGCUCAUUGCCUCUGCGCAUGGAGACCUCGCCAUGGACCUGACCCUCAGCCCCAGCAGCUCCUCUGCAGCAGGAGGCGCUGGGGAAGAAGGGUUUGGGGAAGGCGCUGGGGAAGGAGGGACUGGGGCAGGAGGAGCUGGGGCUGCGGCCAAUAGAGAGGCGGUGGAGCCCUGCUUCAUGCAGGUGACCAGUUUCAUGGCAGCCUUUUUGUUUUCUCUGGAGACACAGACCUCUAUUGGUUAUGGCUUUCGAAGUGUGACUGAAGAGUGCCCCCUGGCGGUGGUGGCGGUCGUGUUGCAGUGCAUUGUGGGCUGCAUCAUUGACGCCUUCAUCAUCGGGGCGGUCAUGGCAAAGAUUGCUAAGCCCAAGAAGCGCAAUGAGACUCUGGUGUUCUCUGAAACAGCCGUGGUGGCCAUGAGGGACGGAAAACUCUGCAUGAUGUGGAGAGUGGGAAAUCUACGCAAAAGCCACCUGGUGGAGGCCCACGUACGAGCACAGUUUCUUAAGUCCAGAGUGACCACUGAGGGAGAGUUUCUUCCUUUGGACAAUGUGGACAUAAAUGUGGGCUUCGACACUGGCACAGACCGGAUCUUCUUGGUGUCCCCCGUCACUAUUGUUCAUGAGAUAAAUGAUGAGUCUCCUUUUUAUGAGAUGGACCAGAAUGCUCUGGAGAAGGACUCGCAGCUGGAGGUGGUGGUGAUUCUGGAGGGCAUGGUGGAGGCCACAGCCAUGACCACACAGUGCCGCAGCUCCUACCUCUCCUCUGAGAUCCUCUGGGGACACCGCUUCGAACCAGUGCUCUUCAAAAGGAAAGAUGGCUACCAGGUGGAUUACUCCUUUUUUAAUCGGACUUAUAGAGUUCCCAGCACACCGUCCUGCAGUGCUAAAGAGCUGAAUGAACAGACAUGUAUCCACAGCUCACGCUCCUCUUUCUGUUAUGAGAACGAGGUCGCCCUUCAGCUCGCAUCCUCCGAACUUGACCAAAAACCAACACAGAGACCAUCGUCAGAGCACCUCCACUACAACUGAACCCAGAUCAAAAAGUAAAAUAAAAACACUAAAGUAUUUAAGAUGUCAGCAGCAGCUGACUAAUCCUCUGCUCUGAUUGGUCCUGGCAAUCUGCCCAAGUCUUCAGACACGUGUCUCCCAUCUGGCCCUUCACCACAGCACUGAGCAUAAAUCAGCCAAAUAAUGUACAGCAGCACCAUCUAGUGAUUGAAACAUGUAACUGCACAUUAGUUUGAUCCUGGGAGAUGAAAAUCCUGGAUUAUAACUUCACUUAUGGGUUUGCAAAAUCUUGUGCACAUGUGUAGAAUCCCACGUCUGUUUUAGGGACUGUCACAGGAAUGUUUCACUUUAAAGGCCUUAUAUUACACUCUUGUGAACUUUAAGUCAUGCAAUAAUGUUGUUAUCUCCUCAAAAACAUACCUAGAGUUCUAUUUAGUAUGCCUUUAUUAUUAGUCUGUUUAUAUCUCCAAAGCUAAACAUGCUCUGUUCCACCUUGGGAUGUCAUGAAGCCGACAUUUUCAAGUUAAUAGCUCCUUUUACCUUUUGGUCAGUAAAGAUUGACCAUUCCAGGCCUGAAAUAAUACAAAUUAUUCUUGUGAAACUGGAGUUUAAUAACACAGUGGAGCAUUCCCUGUAUUGCAACAUCACAAGGUGGAACAGAGUGGUUUGUGUUUGAGAGAAGACCUCAGCCUAAAUAUGCAAGAUGUGUGUUAAACAUGUGUGAAUGAAAUUAAACAAAAUUCUAGGUAUGUUUUUGAUGAAGACACAUUAUAACAUAGAUCAGAAAAGAAUGUUAUAUGGGCUCUUUAAAUGAAAACUUUCCAAUGGUAAGUAUUAUUCUAUAAAAUGUACUAUUAUGAGGGUGUGAGGCUUUGACUGGUAGAUUUUGACGGAAUGGGAACAAUGUGUUAAUUUUUAAUAAUAUAGGAGGAAUGUAUUUUUAUUCUAUGAAAUGGUCCAGAUAUAGUUUUACUGAGGAUCAGCACCAAUUUCAGGCAUUGGGGCAAAGACAUGAUUAUGCUUCAGCAGUUAAAAGCUGAACAUACUAGUACAUUUCUUUGUAUGUCUAUAUUAACAGAAA